AUUGCUACCUAUGAGGUCAGAGUCCAGGGUCAGUCCAUGUAUAGUCUUUAGGUAGUGGCUUAGUCCCUGGAAGCUCUGGUUGCUUGGCAUUGUUGUACAUAUGGGGUCUCGAGCCCCUUCAAGCUCUUCCAGUCCUUUCUCUGAUUCCUUCAACCGGGGUCCUAUUCUCAGUUCAGUGGUUUGCUGCUGGUAUUCGCCUCUGUAUUUGCUGUAUUCUGGCUGUGUCUCUCAGGAGCGAUCUACAUCCGGCUCCUGUCGGUCUGCACUUCUUUGCUUCAUCCAUCUUGUCUCUUGGGCAUAUACCCAAAAGAUGCCCCAACAUAUAAAAAAGACACGUGCUCCACUAUGUUCAUUGCAGCCUUAUUUAUAAUAGCCAGAAGCUGGAAAGAACCCAGAUGCCCUUCAACAGAGGAAUGGAUACAGAAAAUGUGGUACAUCUACACAAUGGAAUAUUACUCAGCUAUCAAAAACAACGACUUUAUGAAAUUCGUAGGCAAAUGGCUGGAACUGGAAAAUAUCAUCCUGAGUGAGCUAACCCAAUCACAGAAAGACAUACAUGGUAUGCACUCACUGAUAAGUGGCUAUUAGCCCAAAUGCUUGAAUUACCCUAAAUGCCUAGAACAAAUGAAACUCAAGACAGAUGAUCAAAAUGUGAAUGGUUCACUCCUUCUUUAAAAGGGGAACAAGAAUACCCUUGGCAGGGAAGAGAGAGGCAAAGAUUAAAACAGAGACUGAAGGAACACCCAUUCAGAGUCUGCCCCACAUGUGGCCCAUGCGUUCUUCUAUUUUUAUUCUGGAAAUUCUAUUUCUACUACUGGGAAAAAGCAGUCGAUUUCUUAAAAAAAGAAUUAUCAUGUUUUGAGUUAGCUUACCAAAUUCCCUUGAUUGUUUUACUGUAAUCCUCAAUCAUGGGGAAACAUGGACAGUCUUUCCCCCACGGUAUUUAUUCAUGCAGCCUCUGAAACCAGCCACAGCUCUGAGAAGCCUUCCUCUGACACUUCAGUGUUGGCAGAAGUCCUUGUUUGCUCUUUCCUUCUACCUUGUGCAAGAUUGCGUGGCUUGCGUUCAUUACCCUUCAUCCUAGGUGUCUGUCUGUGUACAGCCUCACUCAGUGGACUUUGAGCUCUGUAGAUCAUGAGCCAGGCAUUAAAUCAAACAAAUUGACAUUCUCGGAAAAGAAGCAUCAUGUGUGGAAAAUGCCAAACUUAAAAAGAAUUUAAAAGUACUGCUGUUAAACUGCCUUAAUUGGUGAUAGUUGUUAACAAUCUAGAAAAUCCUACAUUUUUAAGACUUCAACUCUUCUGUUCUAUUAUUCUUGGUGUUUAUGAAUGUUACAGAUAUAAGAUAUUCAAUUUUUUUCUAGUACUGGUGACUAAACUGGAGGUAUCUUGCAAGCUAGAAAAACAGUCUACUAUUGAACUAUAUUCCUAGGUUUUAUUAUGUAGCUCAAUGCACUUAUAACCAUCCUGCCUCGGCCUCUCAAAAUCUAAAUGGUCUGAAUGUUCACUGUACUGAGUUUACUUAUCAGUGAGAUGUUAUUUAAAAAUCACAGUGCAGGUAAGGAGUUUGAACCAGUUCCAAAAUCCUUGACUUUUAUCACUAUGUGUGUAACUCAAGAAUUCAUUUAUCCAUAAGCUACUGUUUACUGAGAAAUUACUGUCUGAUUCUAUUCAGGCUUCUGUAAACUACCACAGUGUGCCUCUGGAGGAAAUUCAAUCCAUCAGACACUUUGGCUUUGGUCCAGUGAAACACAUUUUGGACUAGUGUCUUCUAGAACUGUGAGAAUAAGUAUAUACUGCUUUAAACACUCCAGGUUUGCUACUGAUUAUAGUACUCAUAGAACUAUAAUAGUAUUAUAGUGCUAAUAGAAAAUUAUGGAAGCUGAAGAGGUGGUGUUGUAUGGCAAUGUUCUGCCAGAUGAAUAUCUUGAGAAAAGUUCCUUAAGACAUAGGAUGCUCAAAGAGAGGUAAAACCUUACAUACUGCAGGGAGCCUCCUUAGCCUCCUUAAACAAUCCAAAGGCUUCAGGAAAUCUCUGAAAUUUACCAAGCACAUUAGGUCCCAUCCAGUCCAAGUAUAAAAGUAUAGAGAGAGUCAAGCCUAAAAGAAGUUCAGGGAAGCUGAGAUACCUGGGCAGUACACUCUAGGUUUCUGAAUUCUGUGAGCUGUCACUCACACUUGGCUUGGCUUUUGGAGUUGCAGUUCUUAUAAGCAACCCUCUCACCUCUACUCCUGUAAGUAACCGAAAUAAAACUCAGGAGUUUACCAUGUUGGACUUUGAUGGGUAUCCUUACUUUGGUCUGUUAUUUAUUUCCAAUCUGAGUGAGCAGAUCUUUGUUAAUGUCUCCACACAGUAGAUAGCUCAGUGGUUAAAAACAUACACUAUUCUGGAGUACUGAGGUUAGUUUCCUGAACCCUCAUAAGUGGGGAGUCACAGGUUCCUAUAACUCCAGCUCCAGUGUGGUUUUCAGGGUUCCUUAAGUACCCACACACAUGCCAUACAUCCACACAAACACAGACACAUAAAUAAAAAUGAGAAAAUUAAUAUAGUUUAGAUUUUUUUAAAUAAAGAAAAAAAUAAAAUGAGUAGAGAUCAGUCAGACUGGUUAAGGGGCUGUGCAGUUGUUUGGGGGCUCACAACGAUAGGACUGGGGUCAGAGGCUGAGCCCCCGCUGAAAUGCAGAGAAGGCAGGUCUUCACCUUGUUUUAGGAAGGCCAAGAGACUAACUAGAAAGAUCUACACCAUCCAUAAUCCAAAACCUAAAAGUCACAAAACAAACCCAAGAGUCAGGAGCCAAGCAAACGCACAUCAGGAGGAUACAGAGAAAAUUAAGGUCGGGAACAGGGGGAUUCUCAGAGUCACAGUUCACAUCAGUUCACUGUGAGCACCAGAGGAUGGAGGACAGUCUAACUGAUUCACUGAAUCCCUCCGCAGGACCAACUCAUUAAGGCCAUCUUCCUGUUAGCAGAUCGAUGUCAUCUCAUUUGUCCCAUCAAUCACUGGUCAUUGUGCCCAUUCCAACCCAUUUUUCUUAAUGUAGAGGCGAGUUUUAACUGAAGAGGUGCUUUAUCUGCAGACGAAGAAAGCACUAGGAGCAAAGGUGGGGAUGAUCUCAGAAAUUCAAGCUAAGGAGUAUCGCUCCUGCUCCCAUCCCACACCACUUUCCACUUUCAGUGGUUUGUUGACUGAAUGGUUGUGUGCAUAGUUCAAAGCAGAAAAACAUAGUGACAUCGUUGAGAUACUCACUAGGUCGGUGAGAACUUGAAAGUGAAGUUAAAAAUUAAGCAGCUAAGCCAAAUGCAGACUCUGUCCCGAAGCAUAGGGUCAACUUGGCGGAGUCCUGUUCCCACGUGAUUCGUUACGUUUCCCUGUGAAGGGAGGACGACACAGGAACGCCUUUUGUCAAGCUAGCUUUCUAGUCUAGUCCUUCAAAUACUAGUUUAAUGGUGAAGGUCAAAGCCUGUCGUGGUGAAAGUGAUUUGGGGCAGAGGGAAACUCCGCCAUAAAGUACACAUCAUUCACCAGAGAAACAAAAUGGAUGAGAAGCCUACCACCAGGAAAGGGUCAGGUUUCUGCUCUUUACGCUAUGCGUUGGCUCUCGUCAUGCACUUCUCCAACUUCACCAUGAUAACGCAGCGUGUGAGUCUGAGCAUUGCCAUCAUUGCCAUGGUGAACAGCACACAGCAUCAGGACCCAGCUAAUGCAUCCGCUGAGGGGCCCGUGAUGAAUCUCCUCAGUAACCGGAGCAGAGGCAUCAAGGACUUUAGCACCCGAGCUGCUGUUUAUCAGUGGAGCACAGAGACCCAGGGCAUCAUCUUUAGCUCCAUCAGCUAUGGAAUCAUACUGACGUUAAUUCCAAGUGGAUACUUAGCGGGGAUAUUUGGAGCAAAGCAGAUCCUGGGUGCUGGGUUGCUCAUCUCAUCCCUGCUCACGCUCUUUACUCCACUGGCUGCUGACUUUGGGGUAAUUUUGGUCAUCGUCAUCCGCACAGUCCAGGGGAUGGCACAGGGGAUGUCAUGGACCGGGCAGUUCACAAUUUGGGCGAAGUGGGCUCCGCCACUUGAACGGAGCAAGCUCACCAGCAUUGCAGGCUCAGGAGCAGCAUUUGGAUCCUUCAUCAUCCUCUGUGUGGGGGGAUUAAUUUCACAGGCACUGGGCUGGCCCUUUAUCUUCUACAUCUUUGGUAGCAUUGGCUGUGUCUGCUGUGUCCUGUGGUUCACGAUGAUUUAUGAUGACCCCAUGCAUCACCCAUGCAUAAGUGUGAAGGAGAAGGAAUACAUCACAUCCUCAGUGGCUCAGCAGUCUAGUUCUCCCAGAAGAUCCAUCCCCAUAAAGGCAAUGGUCAGAUGCCUGCCACUGUGGGCCAUUUUCAUGGGUUUUUUCAGUCAUUUCUGGCUUUGCACCAUAAUCAUAACCUACUUACCGACGUACAUCAGUACAGUGCUCCACGUUAACAUCAGAGAUAGUGGGGUUCUGUCCUCCCUGCCUUUCAUUGCUGCCUCAAGCUGUACAAUUUUAGGAGGUCAGAUGGCAGAUUUCCUUCUAUCCAGGAAUCUUCUCAGCUUAAUCACAGUUCGAAAACUCUUUUCAUCCCUGGGGCUCCUCCUUCCAUCCCUCUGUGCUGUGGCCCUGCCCUUUGUGACUUCCAGUUACAUAGCAACCAUUGUUUUGCUGAUACUCAUUCCUGGGACCAGCAAUCUCUGUGACUCAGGGUUCAUCAUCAACACCCUAGAUGUUGCCCCCAGAUAUGCAAGUUUCCUCAUGGGCAUCUCAAGGGGAUUUGGUCUUACAGCAGGAAUCAUCUCGUCCACUACCACCGGAUUCCUCAUCAGUCAGGAUUCUGAAUCAGGAUGGAGGAAUGUGUUUUUCCUGUCUGCUGCAGUCAACAUGUUUGGUCUGAUCUUUUAUCUCAUAUUUGGACAAGCAGAAAUCCAGAACUGGGCCAAAGAGAGGACUCUCACCCGCCUCUGAGGAUGUAGGGUUGGAAUCCAACCAAAGUGCUGACCCUUAACAUAUUUUGCUUAUCACCAUUCUUUCUUUGUAUUUAUGUCCAUAGAAACAGCACUUCUCUAUUCUGGCUGGGUGCUAGCUUUUUUCAAGGAGCUUCAGAAACAGAUCCCAGGCUAUACUCCAGAGUGAGUUAGUCUGAAGUGGAACCCAGGUGCCACUAAGUUUUAGACUCCCUGGGAGUUUUUCCAACACGCAACUGUGGUUGAUAACUAGUAGAGGAAUUUGAAGUCAAUUUUAGUUGCCUUUGAAUUUUCCUCUUUGGGAAGUACUAGAUGAAUAAAAAUCUAUCUGAAAUAA